UGGAUGAUUUAAUUUGGGUGAACUGAAAUGGGUUGUGUGGCAACUGCAACUGCACGGUUUAGAUGAUGAAACCUAAGGUUAUGUAUUGGAGGCAAUUUCACUCCUUGGAAUGUUUAGUGCCAGAUGGGUUUUUAGUCACAUGUUCGAUGGCGAGUGUCAAUCUAGAAUCUUUCUUCCCCUGGCAGCUAGAUAUUUCUCCAGAUAGCGUUUCAGUACUAAAACUUAAGUCAUGAAACCACCUUUUCAGGGUAAGCUUUAAACUCCAGAUCUUAUUGCAUCCUCUAUAGUUAUGGGUUCUGUUCUUCUCCCCUGUAGCCACUUGCACUUUGAGCACUGCUCUUACUGUUAGCAAGCUGAUUGUAUCUCCAAAUUGCACUGAGUAAGUUAGAGCUUCUUGUUAUUAUAAAUCCAUAAAUAUGCAUAGACAAUUUUCCGUUGGGAAGGGAAAAGUAUUGUCAUGAUUCAUUGUGUGUUACUAAGAAUACACAAUAGACCAUCAAAGACAUGUAGGAGAUGUGGCUGUUCUAGUUUAAACCGGUGCUUUUAUACGAGGCUUGGGAUUUUUACUACCUGUGGAAGUGCGGAACACUCACUUAAUCCACAGCUUACUUUACAAAUAUGCUUCAGUUUGCACAUUAGAAUUUUGGGCAAAAUUUGCAUUCCAUAGAAAGGCAUCGUGGUUUCCAUUCCAUUCUUUGCUUUUGAUUUUUUGACAAAAUUGUUUCUUUGCAUAAAAAAAAUUAGUUUCAACAGCGUUACCAAACGCUACAUAAAUUAUGGCUAUUAAGUACAAAAACCCUCAUUUCCUUGUUCAAGAUGAUGUCUUUUGUCGAACCAGAUUGGUCAGGCUACAAAGAUGGUAAUGGCCAUACAUCCUGUGGUUAUUCCCAACGCAUGUGAAUACAGCUCAGAAUGGCCUGUGCAACUGAAGUGUGUAUGCAAGUCUUCCAUGAAGUUGGUACAGGGAUUUGUCACUUGGACAAUUACCUGUUAUUUUGUUUACACGCCAUCCUUGUUUAAUUUGUCACCUUGGCUCAAAGACGUUGUCACUGCUGCAGCUGCUGAUGGGAAGUCUGCCUAG